ACAAUGAUAGCAAACUUAGAACUUGAAGCAAAAGCAUUAUUUUUAAGAACAAGGAAUAAUACUCCUGUAUUUUAUACUAAAUUAGCAUCUGCUAAAACUAAUAUGAAAGUAGCACUUCGUAGUUGUGAUACAAUUACUGUCAACUUGCCAAUUCCAACUGUACUUGGUGUUGUUGCUCGUUUGCUAGUUCAAGAUUUAUUAAAAUAUAAAACUGGUCAGCAAAGAA